UGAAAGGCGUUCCUGUUGAAAUCAGUUAUUCAUAUAAAGUGUUAAAAGUAAAGUGAACGCGUGAAACGGAUUUCAUUUCGUAUAUUGAAAAAUGAGAUUUGAAAAAGAAAUGUAUAUAUCGUUUUUUAUAUUCGCACUGUGUGGUGUGGCAUCCGGAUCGGUCAAUAGGAUUGCGAAUGGAAAGCUAGCUGCUCCAGGCCAAUUCCCGUAUAUGGUAUCCAUACAAAUACUAGGACCAGCACAAAAUCUCCAAACCAGAGGACAUAGAUGUGCCGGAGCUCUUAUCUCAUACAGACAAGCAGUAACAACAGCUUCCUGUAUGUUUAAUUACAACUCAAGUGUCCCGCAGUUAAUAAAUUCGGCUGAACUGAGAGUGUUUGCUGGUUCCACUUCUCUAUAUAACGACGUAAGUGCCGAUUUUAUUCGGCCUGUGCUCAACAUCACUGUGCAUCCAAAUUUCUCUGGGCUACCAGCUCUAGUUAACAAUAUUGCCGUUAUUACAUUGGUAACUCCAUUUCCCAAUCAAGUUGUGACACCUCUGUCUCUCCCUGCCGCCGACUUCAAUCCUCCAGAGUUUACUCUAUGUUCAGUCUCAGGAUGGGGAGGAAUAAACUCAUCAGAAUUGGUGAACGCGGAAUUAAGAUUUGCAACUAAAUAUGUCUAUAACCAAAAUUUAUGUACAUUAUAUUAUAAUACUUUACCAAACACGAAAAAUAUUCUACCAUCAAUGAUCUGCGCUGUUUCCUAUGAUCUUAGAUCUUCCAACUGCGAUAGUGAUUUAGGCAAUCCACUAGUGUGUGGUGAUACUUUUACUGGUGUCUUAUCUGUACCAGAUAGAUGUUCAGUUUCAUCUUUUCCAGAAGUUUAUACUCGGAUAUCCAACUAUACUACUUGGAUUAGAAGCGUCUCUGGAGCCUCGAAAAUAACAGGCCAAGGACUGGUGUUCAUGUUUUUAUUGUUUCCUCUUACAGGCUUAUUCUAAAAGUAUUUUUGUGUGUUAUAAUUUACAUAAAAUAAACGAAUUUCAAUCUUUUUAAUAUUAAUAAAUGCGCCUCAUUUA